GUUCUUCCCGUCUGCACGUAGCUGUUGAAGCACUAGGGUCUUUUAAUUUGAAGGUUGCGCUUGGAACUUCCGCUGACGCUGCUGCAGCAUCAGCAUCACCCGCAGCAUCAGUAGCAUCUUCGGCAUCGCUGCAGCGGAAAAACCGCAGGUACCGGGUCUUUUCUAAUGUCGUGUCCGGGGUUCAUCUGAGGAAGAGUCGUCCGUCGGUGUUCGUCCGUGAGAGAAAGGAGAGGAGGAGCAGGGGAGGGGAUCUCCGUCACCUCUUUCAUCUGAGGAGGAGGAGGAGGAGGAGGAGGAGGAGGAGGACGCUCCUGGAUCCGCACUAGGACGAAGGACAAUCCGCUGUUUUCAUACGGAGGCCGUUGGGUUUGCUUCCGUCAGCUGGGUGAAGAUGAGCGUGACGUCCUGGUUUUUGGUCAGCAGCUCAGGGUCCAGGCAUCGUCUCCCAAAGGAGAUGAUUUUUGUGGGUCGAGACGACUGUGAGCUGAUGCUGCAGUCUCGCAGUGUUGACAAACAACACGCCGUCAUCAACUACAACGCAACAACAGACGAACAUCUGGUCAAAGACCUGGGCAGCCUGAACGGGACGUUUGUCAACGACCUGAGGAUUCCUGAUCAGACCUACAUCACUCUGAAGGUUUCAGAUGUCGUACGCUUUGGAUAUGAUUCUCAUGUAUACGUCCUGGAGAAAAGUCAUCACAAAGUUCCAGAGGAGGCGCUGAAGCAUGAAAAGUACAGCAGUCAACUACAGAUGAAUGUGAAAGUUCCAGAGGAAGAACCGAGCAGUGGAGAGAAGAACCUGAGCAGCAGAACUCAAGAGAGCCCUUCCUGUCGACCCACACCUCUGUAUGGUCAGCCAUCUUGGUGGGGUGAGGAGGAUGUUGGGAGUAAAGUCCAGAGUGCCUGUGAACCAGUUCCAGACCUACAGAACCAGGUUUUCUGUGUGGAUCCAAACUUUUCUGGGUCACUUCAUGAUGUCCAACCAAAGGCCGUCUUCUCCACCUACAACCCUCAACCGAACUACUUUGAGAUCCCCACCAAAGACCUGCAGCAUUCCAGAAGCUUAGAGGAGGAGCUUCAGGAAAUUCCCACCAAGGACACAGACAAGUCGACAGCACCGCCCUCCCCUCCGACUCCGACACCACCCAUCGUCCAGAGCCACGCUUCCUUCACCAUAGAAUUUGACGAUUGUUCGCCCGGAAAGAUCAAGAUCAAAGACCACGUCACCAAGUUCUCCACCCGUCAGAGGGUGCAUCAGAACCCCCCCCACAGGACCGCGGUCAAAACCACACCUGUUGAUGUGAUGUCCUCAGAAAGCAAGGUGGCCGAUUGGCUGGUGCACACCGAUGUCAGCAUGAUGAGACGACGUCCCGUGUGUGAAGAUGUGUUCAGCACCAAGAGUGACCUCGCCAUCAACAUCAGGACACUUAAAGGUCAUCGCCAUGACGAUGGAACCCAGAGUGACUCUGAAGACCCAAGUCUCAAAGGAAGGACUCAAAGCCGCUACUCUGUCCGGUCCGAGCAUUCAGAGACUACGCAGCAAAUCGUCCAAUCAGAUGUGUCUUUCCACAGCCAGCAGUUCUCUCCAACCAGAGCAGAGCCCCCUGCCUCCCUGGGUCAAGGACAGCACCUGUCCCACAGCCCGCCCUUGGAGGGCCCCAGUCAGGGUCCCUCAGAGCAUCUGACUCAGCAGGCCUUCGUCAUCGAGUUCUUUGAUGACAACCCCCGUAAGAAGCGCUCCCAGUCCUUCACCCAUAACACCCACAGCGACACCUACUCCGCCCUGAAGGCUAAGUUAGAGCGCAGGAAGGUAGGAGAACGACCAGCAUCUGUGCAUGGACAUGUUUCCCUGAAGAGUCGCAGUGGCCCCCAGAGGUCCAGUUCCUUAAAAAGGGAGAAAACAGAGGGGGAGGCAGCCAGUACAAGUGUCCCCCCACAGUCCUCCCCGGGCAUCAUUAUCAGACCUUUUGGCAGUGUUGGGAAGAAAUCCAAACUGGCACAGGAAUUUGUUGCUGAACUCCUGAAACAACCCACCCAUGCUGAGGGGGAGCUAUCUCCAGUACCGAUGUCUGCACCGCCGGUGAUGGUGACGCCGCACGCCAGGAUUCCCUCACCACAGGAAGCUCCGGCACUUUCCUCAGUGGCCCCCUCUGCAUGUCCCCUUCAGCCCCCAGUGGUUUCCCAGCUCUGCAUCUACACAGGCCCUGGACAGACAGUGGCAGCCCCCACAGUGCCCCCACUGCAAAAUGCCCUCAGAUCAGUGGACACCAAGGGUGUACAGAGGGCAUUACGGACCGAAGAGGAAGACAGUCUGAGCGACGCUGGAACCUACACCAUUGAGACAGAGUCACAGGACCAGGAGGUGGAGGAGGCGCGUCACAUGAUUGAUCAGGUCUUUGGAGUGCUGGAGUCUGCAGAGUUAAGUGGAGUUGACAAACCUGUGGUAGAAGGACAGGAGGACAGUACUAACCUGCCUCCUGAUGUUGGCGCUGUGGACCCCUUGCAUGGCUUUGUCCCAGCUGAUGUUCCCUCAGCCCCAACUCAGGCUGCAGCUGCUCUAGAAGAACCAAAGUGGGUUUCUUGCUGGGCCAGUCUGGCAGGUGGCUACGCUGAACCUGGGUCCAAUCCACCUGGGACAGCAAGUCCAGAAGAUACUUGCUUCGUGAGGUCAACAGGAAGUUGCAGCUACGACUGCUCAGAGUCCGAGUCCAGUUUUAGCUGUAGGACCAGACGGCUCCUGCCUCAGGUUCCUCCAGAGAAGAGCAGCAGUGCCACGCCUGGGAUCCUCAUUUACUGUGAGCCUCACAAAGACCUGGACCACACAGACACAGUUGUUGCUCCUCCCUCUGCCCAAGGUCUCUCCGUCCACGACGAUGUAGAUCCAGACAGCCUGAGCGAUGCCAGCCGCUCAGACGACGCUCCGGUUCUGGAAAGAACAAAGAGUUCAAACGCACCCGGAGCUUUGUCUCCUGACUUUAGAGACCAGGACAAGUUGAGGCCACUCACCAAGUCCACUUUCUUCUACAUUGGCUCUGAAGACUCUUCAGACAAACCAGACCAGAUCUGCAGUAUACAUCAGUCAGAGAAGUCACAUGAUCCCCUGGUCAAACCUCCUGCUACCACUGUCCUAAUUCGACACUUGAGUGGACCUGAUCCCAGAAGGUCAGGGGUCAAACCCAACAGCUCUGCCCCUGACCUUCACACACAGAACAAGGACUCCAUAUUGACUAAAGACAACGGCGCCUCCUGUUUUGUUCGUCAGGAGAGCUUCACUAGAGACCGGCCUAGUGAUGGGAUCCAGCUAAAGAAACUCCCCCACAUUUCUAGCCACCCAUCGCUGAGGGACUUGGAGCAGAGAAAGAACACCAUCCAGGACACGCAGUGUUCGCCACAGGAGACCGAAGGAACACUGUUCUCUCUGGACAACAGGUUCCCUACUUCUGACUCAGGACGCAGCUCCAAAAGAGGCGGUUCCUCCAGCCACGUGGAGGACUCCUUAUCAGGCGAGUCUGAUGUGGACACUGCAAGCACUGUGAGCCAUGUGAGCAGCAAAAACGCAAUGACUGGCUCCACCCCCAAAAAGCAUCGGGUGAUCAGUGGACUUAAAAAGGAGAAAUCUUCUUCCAGUCCAUCAAUCCAAGAAAAAGGACGUCAGCUAAGUGCACGAGAACGUCUCUCUGAAAAACGCAGAAGCCAGAACAAUGGUGAGCCAUCAAAGAAGGUGGACGCAGCAAAGUCACUCCAGAUGCGCCGCAGCACAGGAACAUGCGGGUCAUUGGAUCUGUCUGAGGGCCAACAGGGUUCUGGACCAAACUGGUGUGAAAAUGUAUCAUCAGACCAAGAAACAUCUCAUCCUCCCGGUCGCAGCAAGAAGCUUCAGAAAGACACCAACAGAAAAAUGCCCAAGACACCAACUCAACAGGUUCUAACCCGUUCCAACAGCCUCUCCGCACCUCGUCCCACCCGUGCCUCCAUGCUGCGGCGAGCGCGGUUGGGUGAGGCAUCAGACAAUGAAGGUGCCGAGACUGACCGCGGAUCCCAAAACUCCGAUAACAUCACUACUUCUUCCAAAGUUGCGACUGAGGGAAAAAAACUGUCCAGGCUGGACAUCUUGGCCAUGCCCAGGAAAAGGACCGGGUCUUUCACGGCUCCCAGUGACUCCGAGGUUACAGGUCGUGUCUCUGUUUUCACUCGAAAUGCCUCUCGAGCCUCUGCCAGGAAGGCCUCCGAGGGCGAAGUACAGCCGGCAAACAGCAGGGGGCUUGGAGCUCCAAAGAAGCAACAUCCAACAAAGUCCAGGUCCAGUGGAGCCAAGUACCAGAACCCAGGGUCUCGUCGCAGACAGAAAGACUCGGAGUAUUCCUCGUCCUCUGAAGAAGAGUACCCCGUACACAAAGACUCCUCUCAGUUCAUUAGCUCCGCCCACACCUCUCAAGCCCACUGGACAUCCACUAGGUCGACUUCAUCCAAGUCCCCACCUCUGGAGAUGGAAGACAAUGAUGAGCAGAACCAGGUGGAUGCCUACCAGAACUGGUCUACGCACACCGCAGAGAUCGCAAAACUCAGUCAGGACUUGGCAAAAGACCUGGCUAUUUUGGCCAGGGAAAUCCACGAUGUAGCAGGAGACGGAGACUCGAUGAGUGCCUGCACCCCCGCCUCCACCAUCUCCACCAGGGAGGAGCUGGUCCAACAAAUUCCUGAACUAGGACUUAACUUCCAGAAGGUUCCUCCUGGUCCUGGUCCCCCAGAAGGAGAUCCUCCAUUCUCUGAACGUGAUGCUAACAUGAACCCCCCAGAGUCAGGCUCUGAACAGCGCAGAACCUGGAACCGUGAAGAGGUGAUCCUGGACAACCUGAUGCUGAAUCCAGUCUGGCAGCUGUCCCAGGACAUCCGUCAGAACACGGAGCAGCUCGCUCAGAACAUGAAAAUCCUUUUCCUCACCAGGGUCCUGUUCCAGAACAAGGUGCAGGUCUGGGAGCAGACUGAGGCCAGGAUCAACGCCGAGAACGACAUCCCAAUCCUCAAAACCUCCAACAAGGAAAUUUCCUCCAUCAUCAAGGAGCUGCGACGAGUCCAGAGGCAGCUCCGAGUGAUUAACACCAUGGUGGAGACUGAUGGGAACCUGGACCGGGGAGCCGUGGUGACCUCACCCCCCACUUCUCAGACCCUGUCUUCAUCCAGGGACAAGAGACCUGCCCCCAGGUCCUGCAUCGGCCCCAGCCCCUCCAAUGUCAACGAGAGAACCAGACGGCUGCCUGGGGGGCCCCCCACAGGCCUGAUUAACACCAUGGUGGAGACUGAUGGGAACCUGGACCGGGGAGCCGUGGUGACCUCACCCCCCACUUCUCAGACCCUGUCUUCAUCCAGGGACAAGAGACCUGCCCCCAGGUCCUGCAUCGGCCCCAGCCCCUCCAAUGUCAACGAGAGAACCAGACGGCUGCCUGGGGGGCCCCACACAGGCCAUUACAAGGCCUGA